GUGAUAUCUUUCCUGCAAUUUUGCUUUGGACGUAAACUGUCAGUCUCAGCUGUUUUGUGUUUGUUGUGCGUUUUUGAUCGCGUGGUGAAGCGGAUUUAGUGAAACAAUGAAUGAAGAAAUUGACGACCAAGAUUUUCAUUAUGACUUUACGGCAGCAUCGGAAUGGGAGAUGUUUAUGUUUCGUUUAGAAGAAAUCAUUCGCGAAUGGAAGAUUCCACAACUCAAACGUGGACCUCUGUUAAAGAAAGGAGAACUCAGUACUGGUAAAUGGGAAACGAAAACGGAAAACAUUAAUUUUGCAGAUGUUGAAUUCAGACUUACAAGACACCGCCUGCUUGUCGACUCAUCUGAUGAUAUUUCCAGUCCAUUGGAUGAGGAAAAUGAGGAAUCUAAGUCACAGGUUCUAGAAGACAUCAUGAGAUUUGAGCAUGAUUUCCCACCACAUUCAAUGAAUAAUGGAACACCUCAACCACAUCCUCUUGCUGUGUGGUAUGGAAUUCGAGAUUUCCUCAUUCUUUCAGCUUGGAGUGGAAUAUCAUCAUACUCAGAGAGUAAAGUGAAAAUACUCUUGAGUUCCAUAUAUGUGGCAGUAAAUAACUCGAACUGCCCAAUUCCAUUAUUCGUACAAGUGCAUGAAACUGCAGAACAUUAUUAUCUUGGUGUAUGCGAAGCUAGGGGUCUGCGAACUGAAUUUGAGAUGAUUCACCUAAGGCGAACACCACCUCACUGCAAAUAUCUUACAGGUUUGCUUAAUGUCUUCAAAUCUAAGAUAACAAGCGCCAUGUCAACAGAACCAGUGACAAUAUCAGUUCAGUUCACUUAUAUUCUGACUGAUUGGACUAGUAACAAGUGGACACAAGAACCUCCUGAUUUUGAUUUCUUAAAUGGUCAAACACUUGGUGUCAAGGAAUUAGGAAAAUUGCCAUUUGGGGCAACUUUUGAUCCUGUCAGUGAACUGCAGUUGUAUGCUCGGUGGCCACAGUUGGCUGAGGCAGCUGUAGUGGACAGUGAAAGUUAUUCAGACCUGGAACCAUGUCGAGCACCUGAGUGGUCUGUAGGAGUCCGCAUGGUGGAACGUCCAAAUUGUUUGCUGGGAGAGCACUUUGACGAAUUCUUGCAGUUCUGUCUCUGCAAAAGCACAGCGAGAGACCUCUUGGGAGACAUAAUAGAUGUUGCCACUGCAGAAAAUAUCAAUUUGAGCUCGUCCCUGAGUGCAAUAACAGAGUCAAGAGUUCCAACUAUUUCUAAAGUAAUCCGCAAAGCCAAGGUGCAACACCAACUAUCAAAAGGGGGCUCUAGGGAUGCACCAUUGUCACAUGACUACUUAUUGCCCAUUUUGUACUUCCUGUUUCCUGAUGCAGACAGCAAAUCGGAAAAUCCUUAUGCAGAGAAUAUUGGCAGUCAUCACAGCAGUGACAACAGACAGGAAGAGCAGUUACUGAAUAUCAAAUCAGCACCUGUUGACAGCUUGGUCUGGAGACUUGCAAUUGUAAUGUCACAUGUUGUGCACACACUUGGUGGAAUACGUGCAGCUGCUUAUCUGUGGUUCGAAUUCACACAGGAAAUGCGUUAUCGGUGGGAUAAGUGCAUCCUCAUCCCAGGAGUGGCGCCAGGGGACCCCGACUUGCGCACGUGCCUGCUGCACCAGAAGCUGCAGAUGCUCAACAGGUGCAUCGAGCGGCGGCUGGCGCGCGAGCGGGAGGCGAGGGCCACGUCCGUCGACACCGAGGACACCGACACGGAGUCGGACGAGGAGUUCUUCGACUGCUCGGCGGACGCGCCCGCGGGCGCCGGGGGCGGCGGCGACCGGCCGCGCCACUCGCUGUGGAACCGGCCCGCGGGCCGGCUGUCGCGCCACCCGCAGCUGCGGCUGCUGCGCACGGGCGAGCCGCUGUACGUGCCGGUGACGCAGCAGCACACGCCCAAGACGGAGGACCAGCAGCAGGAGGACGAGGACGUGCUCGUCCAGCUGGGCACCGACGAGCGCGCCGCCCAGCUGCGCGCGCGCAUCAUGAGCGCCGCCCUGCUCUCCGACAUGGAGUGCUUCAAGGCAGCCAAUCCCGGAGCGGUCCUGGAGGACUUCAUCCGCUGGUACUCGCCUCCAGACUGGAAGGAAGAGGACGGUGUGGAUGAAUUUGGUCAGAAGAAAGGCUGCCUGAGCGUGCGCAUGCAGCUGAAGGGCAACCCGUGGGUGGAGGCGUGGGAGGCGGCCAAGCCGGUGCCGGCGCGCCGGCAGAAGCGGCUGUUCGACGACACGCGCGAGGCGGAGAAGGUGCUGCACUGGCUGGAGGCGUCGCGCCCCGCCGACGUGGGGCGGCUGCUGCUGGCGCCGUUGUCGCACGCCGCCGCCGUGGCGCUGCUGUCGCGCGCCGCCCAGCAGCCGCCGCUGCCGCGCCUGCCGCCGCUGCUCGCCUCGCUGGGGCGGCGCGCCGAGCGCCUGUCGCGCGCGCCGCGCGUCGACGUCCGCGACUACGAGAAGCUGAGCCACGAGAUCGCGUCUGCGGAGGCGCUGAUGGCACAGGCUCGCUCGCUGAUGUCCAAGUUCUGCGGCGAGGACGUCGUCGGCGGCGACGGCGAUGCCGGCGCCUCGACUAGCUCCGGCUCCGGCUCCGUCUCCGGCCCUGACCCGGGCUCCAGCGCUGGUUCCAGCUCCAGCGCCGCCAGCGAGGAGGCGCGCCGCUUCGUGUACGCGCUGCUGCAGGCGCCCAGGGCGGACCUGCCCGGCGGGCCGCGCGGGCUGUUGGCGGCGCGCGUCCGGGCCUUCUUCGCAGAGGCGCACAAGGCGUCGCAUAUGCUGGCGGACCCGGAGGUGCUGGACGAGGGGGACGAGCCGUGGUCGGGCAGCGGCGGGCCCUCCGCCUUCCCGCAGCCCGCUCGACGCGAGUUCAUCCUGCGCGCCGUGGCGCCCAGGCCGUCGCCGUGCUCGCAGCCGGCGCCGCACAAGAUGUGCGCCGUGCUGCAGCGACACGACUUCCGCAUCGCCGCCUGCUUCACGCUCGACACUACCUUCCACUAGCCGCGGGGCGGCUGCCGACGUGCCGAAACUGGAUGCUGUUCACUCUAUUCGCAUAUUUUAUCGCUGUUAUUUUACCAGCAAAGAGACAAAUAAAUAAAUGCUUAUUGCUUGUUGCCACUGCAU